GCCGAGCGCGUCUACGACAGUCGCGCUACGGUCGUAGCACGCUACACUCGUAGCGGCAACGUACGCUAGGAUAAACAAAAAAUAACCGCUAGUGCUUAAAAAAGUCGUUUAGUGUUUUGUGUGCCACGUGACUUUUUGAUUUCCGGGGGCAGCAAUCAUGUCCCUGGUUCCGCCGGGAGGCGGGGAUUCUCCAAGCCCGAGGCGCGCCGUUAGUCCACUAUUGGAAUCUCGCCGGCCACACUGUACUUUGGCGUGCGAUUACUGCGCCGCCAUAUUGGAAGACAAAUUUAGACGUAAUGCUGACAUGCGUAACCGCGGUACGUCUCCGUUAUCAGUGUCACCGCGACAGUCUCUAACGGGUGAACCACCUUGGACCCUUCCAGAUGACGAUCGACCGGAUUUCUCAGCGUUGAAGGAAAAUAUACACAGAAUCAACAAGGACUGCGAGACAUCUACGCGCUUGGACAUGCUUCUGACACAAGUGGAACAAUAUGCUAACAAUUUGGAGACGCUAGUCGAAGAAAGAACGUCAGAUUAUUUGGAAGAAAAGCGAAAAUGCGAGGAGUUAUUGUACCAGUUGUUGCCUAAAUCCGUGGCUUCUCAGCUUAUAAUGGGUCAACCGGUUAUGGCAGAGACGUACGAUCAAGUGACAAUCUACUUCAGCGAUAUCAUCGGAUUUACGCAGUUAUCUGCUGAAUCUACACCUCUUGAAGUUGUGGAUCUAUUAAACGAUUUAUACACCAGCUUCGAUUCGAUAAUUGAAAAUUUUGAUGUCUAUAAAGUGGAGACAAUCGGUGAUGCAUAUAUGGUAGUAUCUGGACUCCCGAUGCGUAAUGGUAACAGACAUGCUGCUGAGAUCGCGAGUAUGUCAUUAGCAUUACUUCGAGCAGUUAGAGUUAAGACGGUUCCACAUCGACCAGGAGAAAAAUUACUCCUAAGGAUUGGCAUGCAUUCAGGACCCUGCGUAGCCGGUGUUGUGGGGUUGAAAAUGCCACGAUAUUGUCUAUUUGGAGAUACUGUUAACACAGCAUCUAGGAUGGAAUCUCAUGGGGAAGCACUUAGGAUUCAUGUCAGUCCUAAAACAAAGGAAGUUCUUGAUUUGUAUGAUUGCUUCGAUCUUGAAUGUCGAGGAGAAAUAACAAUGAAGGGAAAGGGUAAAAUGACAACAUACUGGUUAAUUGGUGAAAAGUCAAAUUCUAUUACAAGCAACACCUAUGAAAUAACCAAUUACAAUGAAAAUACAAUUACUAAUAAUCCCAGCAUCACUUUUCAAGGCCCAGACAGCCCUGCAUCACACUCACUCACGCACAGUCAAAGCCCGGAAAGGAAUGGAACAAAAGAAAAUACAACAAAGCCGUCAGAAAUAUUAACAGAGAGAGAUCGCAUCAAACACGAGAUAGCAACAUUUGUUGCCAAAGAUCUUAUCAACAAUAUAGACAAUGCUGUGCGAGAAUUUAGGUUGUCUCAAAGUGCUACUUUGGCUUCAGCGCAAAAUAUUAACAAGCCAGUUUGUAACGGUAAUGAGAAAGACCUAAUCACACCGACAUAUGAUAAAGGGCUUGUUAUCAACAAAGGAAAAGUAAGAGAUGUAGUAAAUAGAUUAAAUAAUACAAUAAAUACAACAAACGACGCGAAAAAUACCAAACGGAAGAGUAUAAAAAAUGAAGACUGAAGUGAUAGAUGAUGAAAUUAUUUGCGAUGAUUGCAUGUAACCUGGAAAGAGUUCGAAGUUUCUGCAUCUAUAUUUAUAUGAUAUUAUAUAUUUAUAGUAGAAAGUAAUCAAAAUAGUAAUUAUAUAUUGUAGUGCAAAGCACCUAAACGACUCA